AUGCGCCCCCGAGGGUCCUGGGCCGCUGGCCCGGCUGUGCUGCUGCUCCUGGCCGGCGUCCUCGCCUCCGAAACGCCGCCCAGCCCCCGGGGACGGAAGAAGGUGGUCCACGUCAUGGAGGGGGACAGCGGGGCCGUGGUGGUGCAGACGGCCCCGGGGAAAGUGGUGACGCACCGGGGCGGCACCAUCAUCCUGCCCUGCCGCUACCACUACGACGUCUCGGCCCACGACCCCGAUGAGAUCCGCCUCAAGUGGACAAAGGUGACGGAGCCGAUGGCCUUCGUGGACGUCUUCGUGGCCCUGGGGAAGGCGCGGCGGGCGUUCGGCAGCUACCGCGGGCGCACGGCCCUGCAGGAGGACGGCUUCGGGGACGCCUCGCUCAUCAUCCGCAACGUCACCCUUCAGGACUACGGCCGCUACGAGUGCGAGGUCACCAACGAGCUCGAGGACGACACCGGCAUGGUCAAGCUGGACCUUGAAGGUGUGAUCUUCCCCUACCACCCGCGCCUGGGCCGCUACACCCUGAACUUCCACGAGGCGCAGCAGGCGUGCCUGCAGCAGGACGGCAUCCUGGCCUCGCACGACCAGCUGCACCAGGCCUGGCUGGAGGGCAUGGACUGGUGCAACGCGGGCUGGCUGGAGGACGGCUCCGUGCAGUACCCCAUCUCCCGGCCACGGGAGGAGUGCGGCCGCAAGGACACGCCAGUGGGGGUGCGCAACUACGGCUACCGGCACAAGGAGAGCGAGCACUACGACGCCUUCUGCUUCACCUCCAACCUCAACGGCAAAGUCUACUUCCUGAAGACGUACCGCAAGCUGAGCUACGCCGAGGCGGUGCAAGCCUGCAAGAACAACGGGGCAGCCGUGGCCAAGGUGGGGCAGCUCUACGCCGCCUGGAAGAUCCAGCUGCUGGACCGCUGCGAGGCCGGCUGGCUGGAGGACGGCAGCAUCCGCUACCCCAUCGUCAACCCGCGGGCGCGCUGCGGUGGCCGGGAGCCCGGCGUGCGCAACCUGGGCUUCCCGGACAAAAAGUACAAGCUUUUCGGGGUGUACUGCUUCAAGAAGGCUGGCGAGGCUGCCCCCGAGAAGGAGCAGGGCGGGGGGCAUCCCAACCGCGUGUGA